UGAAUUUUGGAAUACAGCCUAUAAUAGGUUUGUUCACGUUGCUUGAACUUUUUGCAUUCAGCAUCUUCGCUUUCACUCUCUUCAACAUUCGAAUAUAUAUUUAUCUCGUUUUAAGUGCAAAAAUUUUUGGGAAUUUCAAGCAACGCGAACAAACCUAAUAUCGGGUGCACCCGGAUGGGGAAUCGGAAUACAACCCUGAAGAUGAUAUCAAAUCAAACACUUAUGAAAAUAGCAAGUUUGGGAGGAUUCAUAACAGCAAGUACAGGUUAUGCCUUUCAUUAUCGCAUACAACAUGAUAUUAAAGAAAAUGAGUCUUAUAAAGACGCGAUAAAUAUCUUCCGUGCACAUAAGAAAGCUGUAACAUAUCUUGGAGAACCUAUAACAUUGGGUCGCAUCACUUAUGGUGAUGGGCAGCAAAUCCUUGGACAAAAAAUGAAGUACAAAUGGUUUAAAGUUUCACUUACAGGUAGCAAUACUAAGGCAAAGUUAUAUUAUGAGGUAAUAUUAGAACAUAAAAUUGAAAAUAAAUAUGAUAUACCUAAAAUUGAAAUUACGUUUGAUAAUAUACCUGGAAAGACAUUUGUAAUAAAAGAUUGUGAGAUAAAUAAGUAAUAACAAAAAAUUAUAUUAAAAAUAUAGAAUAUGUAAAAUAUGUAAAGUAUGUAAAAAUAUAAUUGCAAGAAAAU